CCAUCACGUUCUUUAGGCCAAUAAAAAUAUCUCCUUUCCUUCGAAAGUCCUCGCCAGAAAGCGGAGGAAAGCUGAAAGGAAGAGAUGGCCGUGAAACUGCGAAACCUGGCGGCUCUUUUCCUGCUGUUGUUGGCUGCUGCGAUCCCAUCCGAACUGGUGAUUGCUGUUAAACCAAUCCCUCGGAUCAGUUCUGAGUCAAAGAUACUCCAGGAUUCAAUCGUGGAAAAGGUCAACGGGAAUCCUACCGCUGGAUGGAAAGCUGUCAUCAACACUCGCUUCUCCAAUUACACAGUUAGCCAAUUCAAAUAUAUUCUUGGAGUAAAACAGACUCCUCGUAAUGUCGUAGACAAUAUUCCUGUCAAAAAGUAUGCCAGACCUUUGAAUUUGCCUAAAGAAUUUGAUGCUAGAAACGCUUGGUCUCAAUGCAACACUAUUGGGAGAAUACUUGAUCAGGGACACUGUGGUUCUUGUUGGGCUUUUGGUGCAGUGGAGGCUCUAUCUGAUCGCUUUUGCAUUCAUUUUGGCGUGAAUAUAUCUCUUUCUGUUAACGACCUUUUAGCAUGUUGCGGGUUUUUGUGCGGGGAUGGUUGUGAUGGAGGUUAUCCUAUAUCUGCUUGGCGCUACUUUGUUAACCAUGGUGUUGUGACUGAGGAGUGUGACCCAUACUUUGAUCAGACUGGUUGUGGCCAUCCAGGAUGUGAACCAGCGUAUCCUACACCACGAUGUGUGAAGAAGUGCCAUGUGAAAAACCUACUUUGGGCAGAGAACAAGCGAUUCAGCGUCAAUGCGUACAGAAUAAACAACGAUGUUCACGAUAUUAUGGCAGAGAUUUAUGAAAAUGGUCCUGUAGAAGUUGCAUUCACAGUCUAUGAGGAUUUUGCCCACUACAAAUCCGGAGUCUAUAGACAUAUCACGGGUGAAGUCUUAGGUGGACAUGCAGUUAAGUUAAUUGGAUGGGGUACUAGCGAACAAGGAGAAGAUUAUUGGCUACUUGCUAACCAGUGGAAUAGAGACUGGGGUGAUGAUGGCUAUUUCAAGAUCUUAAGGGGGACAAAUGAAUGUGACAUUGAAGAGGAUGUCGUUGCUGGGUUGCCUUCAGGCAAGAACUUGAUAAAGAACUUUGUGGAGAUGGAUGCAGCUACUGAUGCUUCUGCUUGAUUUCUCAGCUGGCCCAAGCUAGAAUAAAAAAGGAAAAAAUCUAUCUGUUAGGAUGUUUCGUCUUCUUCAAAUCCUGUAAUUGGCAUAUUUACAUCUGAUAGACUGGCAGAUAGAUCAUCUGUGUGAUUUGUGCAUCUCUUAUAAUGCCAGAAUGAUGGUUUUAUGGAACUUCUUUGCAGGGAUUCCUAUAUAACUUUCAUGUUAAAUUCCAAUUCAACUAUCAUGGAAGAUGUUAUUUAAAUUUCUGUAAAAAUGAUGUGAAUUAAAAUAAUUGCUUAUAAAGAUUUUCUUUUGUUUUA